AGUGCAUCGGAUCUGUCGUUCUGGAAAGAAGACCCUUCUAUUUAGAGUAGAAACAAACGAAACUUCUAAGAGGAUGUAGGAAGAAGCUGGUCUGCUGACUGUGAUACUUGUGACCAGCUUGCACAGGACAUGGCCGAGGAGGCAGCCCAGAACAUUUCUGAUGACCAGGAAAGGUGUCUCCAGGCUGCCUGCUGCCUUUCCUUUGGUGGUGAGCUGUCUGUGAGCACUGACAAGAGCUGGGGUCUUCAUCUGUGCAGCUGUAGCCCUCCUGGAGGUGGAUUGUGGGUCGAGGUCUAUGCUAAUCAUGUGCUUCUUAUGAGUGAUGGAAAGUGUGGCUGUCCUUGGUGUGCUCUGAAUGGAAAGGCAGAAGACCGGGAAUCACAGAGCCCAUCCUCAUCAGCUUCCAGGCAGAAGAACAUUUGGAAAACAACUAGUGAAGCAGCGUUAAGUGUUGUUAAUGAAAAAACACAGGCGCCUCUGGAUUGUGAUAACAGUGCUGAUAGAAUUCCCCACAAACCUUUCAUUAUAAUCGCAAGGGCCUGGAGCAGUGGUGGCCCCAGGUUCUAUCACAGGCAGCUGUGUGCUACUGGGACCGCAGACAGCAUAUUCUCUGGUCUUCUCCAGCUCCAGGGCACCACUUCUGCAGCAGCUCCCUGCAGCCUGAAGAUGGAGGCUUCCUGCUAUGUCCUGAGACUGCUGUGCUGUGCGGAGGAUGUGGCCACGGGGCUGCUUCCUGGGACUGUCACAAUGGAGACCCCCACCAAGGUGGCCAGACCCACUCAGACCAGCUCCCAGCGAGUGCCCCUGUGGCCGAUUUCACAUUUUCCUACUUCUCCCAAAAGCUCCCACGGCCUUCCGCCGGGCAUUCCUCGCACCCCCAGCUUCACCGCAUCGCAGUCUGGUUCUGAGAUCCUCUAUCCCCCUACUCAGCAUCCUCCUGUGGCCAUCCUAGCUCGAAAUUCUGAUAACUCCAUGAACCCUGUUCUCGAUUGCUCCCUGGAAAUGGAAGCUCGGGCACCUCCAAAUCUGGGAUUCCGUGUUCAUAUGGCUUCUGGAGAGGCUCUCUGUCUGAUGAUGGAUUUUGGGGACAGUUCUGGGGUUGAAAUGAGGCUACACAACAUGUCUGAGGCAAUGGUGGUAACUGCCUACCACCAGUACUCAAAAGGUAAUUUUUUUCAUCUUUUACAUUUUCAGUUGGAUAUGUCCACCUACAAAGAAGCAGAGACACAAAAUACAACUUUAAAUGUUUACUUGUGCCAAAGUGAAAACAGCUGCCUGGAAGACUCAGACCCCAGUAACCUUGGAUAUGAGCUUAUUUCUGCCUUUGUCACCAAAGGAGUCUAUAUGCUCAAGGCUGUUAUUUAUAAUGAGUUUCAUGGAACCGAAGUGGAGCUUGGGCCUUAUUAUGUGGAGAUUGGCCAUGAGGCCGUGUCUGCGUUCAUGAACUCCAGCAGUGUCCAUGAAGAUGAAGUGCUUGUCUUUGCUGACUCCCAAGUGCAUCAGAAAAGCACUGUGGUUAUACAUCACUUUCCAUCUAUUCCUUCAUAUAACGUGUCCUUUAUUUCUCAGACUCAAGUGGGUGACAGCCAGGCUUGGCACAGCAUGACUGUCUGGUAUAAGAUGCAAUCCGUCUCUGUCUACACAAAUGGAACUGUGUUUGCCACAGACACAGACAUUAUAUUUACAGCUGUUACCAAGGAAACAAUACCCCUGGAAUUUGAGUGGUAUUUUGGAGAGGAUCCACCAGUGAGGACAACUUCAAGAAGCAUUAAAAAAAGACUCAGCAUCCCCCAAUGGUAUCGUGUGACGGUUAAGGCUUCCAACAGGAUCAGCAGUGUGGUCUCUGAGCCCCACAUCAUCAGGGUGCAGAAGAAAAUUGUGGCCAAUCGGCUCACGUCCCCCUCCUCAGCUCUGGUAAAUGCCAGUGUGGCCUUUGAGUGCUGGAUCAACUUCGGCACAGAUGUUGCCUACCUGUGGGACUUUGGGGACGGCACCAUCAGCCUGGGGAGCAGCUCCAGCAGCCAUGUCUACAGUAGGGAAGGAGAAUUUACAGUGGAGGUCCUUGCCUUCAAUAAUGUCAGUGCCUCCACUCUAAGACAGCAACUUUUCAUUGUGUGCAAGCCCUGCCAGCCACCCCUGGUGAAGAACAUGGGGCCUGGGAAAGUCCAGAUAUGGAGGUCUCAGCCUGUGAGGCUGGGUGUGACGUUUGAAGCUGCAGUCUUCUGUGAUAUUUCCCAAGGUCUUUCUUACACCUGGAACUUGAUGGACUCUGAAGGGCUCCCUGUCUCCCUCCCUGCUGCUGUGGACACUCGCAGACAGACCCUCAUCCUCCCGAGCCACACCUUGGAGUAUGGGAACUACACUGCCCUUGCCAAGGUUCAGAUUGAAGGCAGUGUGGUGUACAGCAACUACUGUGUGGGCCUGGAGGUGCGAGCCCAGGCCCCUGUCAGUGUGAUCUCCGAGGGCACACACCUAUUCUUCUCCAGGACCACCUCAUCCCGCAUUGUCCUCAGAGGGACCCAGUCCUUCGACCCUGACAACCCUGGGGCGACUCUCAGGUAUCACUGGGAAUGCGCCACCGCUGGCUCCCCAGCACAUCCCUGCUUCGACUCCUCCACUGGACACCAAGUGGACGCCGCGGCUCCCACUGUUUCCUUUGAGGCACAAUGGCUCAGUGACAGCUAUGAUCAGUUCCUUGUGAUGCUGAGGGUCUCCAGUGGUGGCCGGAACUCUUCUGAGGCCCGGGUGUUCCUGUCCCCCUACCCUGACUCGGCAUUCAGAUUCGUCCACAUCUCCUGGGUCAGCUUUAAAGACACCUUCGUCAACUGGAAUGACGAACUCUCUCUUCAAGCUAUGUGUGAGGACUGCAGUGAAAUACCGAAUCUGUCUUAUUCCUGGGAUCUCUUUUUAGUCAAUGCAACAGAAAAGAAUAGGAUAGAAGUUCCCUUCUGCAGAGUAGUGGGGCUGCUUGGCUCGCUGGGACUUGGUGCCAUUUCAGAGUCAUCACAGUUAAACCUGCUGCCCACUGAGCCUGGCACUGCAGAUCCUGAUGCAACGACCACACCAUUCUCACAGGAACCUUCACCCGUGACCCUUGGCCAACCUGCCCCUUCAGCUCCAAGGGGAACCCCCACAGAGCCCAUGACUGGAGUCUACUGGAUUCCUCCUGCGGGGGACUCUGCAGUCCUGGGGGAGGCUCCAGAGGAAGGUUCACUAGACCUAGAGCCAGGGCCACAGAGCAAGGGAUCCCUGAUGACUGGCCCCUCUGAGAGAAGUCAGCCCACCCACAGCCCUGACCCUCACCUCUCUGAUUUUGAAGCCUAUUACAGUGAUAUUCAAGAAGCAAUACCAUCGGGAGGAAGACAGCCAGCAAAGGACACCAGCUUUCCAGGAUCAGGACCUAGCUUGAGUGCCGAGGAGAGCCCUGGAGAUGGGGAUAACCUGCUGGACCCCUCCCUGUCUGCAGGCAGAGCCGAGCCUGUCCUCAUGAUUGACUGGCCCAAGGCCCUGCUGGGUCGAGCAGUUUUCCAAGGCUAUUCAUCCUCAGGUAUUACAGAACAGACAGUGACAAUCAAGCCAUACUCUCUGAGCAGUGGAGAGACGUAUGUCCUGCAAGUGUCUGUGGCUUCGAAGCAUGGCUUACUGGGUAAAGCUCAGCUGUACUUGACAGUCAACCCGGCUCCACGGGACAUGGCCUGUCAGGUGCAGCCCCACCAUGGUCUGGAAGCACACACCGUCUUCAGUGUCUUCUGCAUGUCUGGAAAACCGGACUUCCAUUAUGAAUUUAGUUACCAGAUAGGAAACACCUCCAAACACACUUUGUACCAUGGGAGAGACACCCAGUAUUAUUUUGUGUUGCCAGCUGGUGAGCACUUGGACAAUUACAAAGUCAUGGUUUCCACUGAAAUCACAGAUGGCGAAGGCUCCAAGGUCCAGCCGUGCACUGUGGUGGUGACUGUGCUGCCCCGCUACCAUGGAAAUGACUGUCUGGGCGAGGACCUGUAUAAUUCCAGCCUGAAAAACCUUUCUACCCUCCAGCUGAUGGGGAGUUACACAGAAAUCAGGAACUACAUCACUGUGAUCACCAGAAUCCUGAGUCGUUUGUCUAAGGAGGACAAAACUGCCUCCUGCAACCAAUGGUCACGAAUACAGGAUGCAUUAAUUUCUUCAGUAUGCAAAUUGGCUUUUGUAGAUCAGGAAGAAAUGAUUGGUUCUGUUCUUAUGUUGAGGGACCUCGUGAGCUUCUCUAAUAAGCUAGGCUUUAUGAGUGCGGUUCUCAUCCUCAAGUACACCCGGGCACUCCUUGCUCAAGGCCAGUUCUCGGGGCCAUUUGUGGUUGACAAAGGAGUGAGGCUUGAGCUCAUCGGUCUCAUAUCCAGAGUCUGGGAAGUCUCUGAGCAAGAAAACUCGAAGGAGGAAGUCUAUCUACAUGAAGAAGGAAUUACAGUCAUCUCAGAUUUAUUGUUGGGUUGUCUCUCUUUGAACCAUGUUAGCACUGGGCAGAUGGAGUUCCGGACCCUUCUUCAUUACAACCUUCAGAGCUCUGUCCAGAGCCUGGGAUCUGUCCAGGUGCAUUUACCUGGUGACCUUGCUGGGCACAAUCCUGCUGGGGCAGAGACACAGAGCCCAUGCUACAUUAGCCAGCUCAUACUCUUCAAGAAGAACCCAUAUCCAGGGAGCCAAGCUCCUGGGCAGAUUGGUGGAGUUGUGGGCCUCAACCUCUAUACCUGCUCCAGCAGAAGACCCAUCAACAGGCAAUGGCUAAGGAAACCCGUGAUGGUCGAGUUUGGGGAGGAGGAUGGCCUGGAUAAUAGGAGAAAUAAAACGACAUUUGUAUUACUUCGGGAUGAAGUGAAUCUCCAUCAGUUCACUGAGCUUUCUGAAAACCCCCAGGAAUCUCUACGGAUAGAAAUUGAAUUUUCCAAACCUGUUACAAGGGCAUUUCCCGUCAUGUUGCUAGUAAGAUUCUCUGAGAAACCUACUCCCUCUGAUUUUCUUGUGAAGCAGAUCUACUUCUGGGAUGAGUCAAUUGUGCAGAUUUAUAUACCUGCUGCUUCUCAGAAAGAUGCCAGUGUAGGCUAUUUAUCCUUAUUGGAUGCUGACUAUGACAGAAAACCUCCAAAGAGAUAUUUAGCUAAGGCAGUGAACUAUACAGUACAUUUCCAGUGGAUCCGAUGCCUGUUUUGGGACAAGAGAGAGUGGAAAUCUGAACGUUUCUCUCCACAACCAGGGACUUCUCCUGAAAAAGUGAACUGCAGCUACCAUCGCCUCGCGGCAUUCGCUCUCCUAAGGAGAAAGCUGAAGGCCAGUUUUGAAGUGAGUGACAUUUCCAAGCUACAGAGCCACCCAGAAAACUUGCUUCCCAGUAUUUUUAUUAUGGGUUCUGUGAUUCUUUAUGGAUUUUUGGUCGCUAAAAGUAGACAAGUAGAUCAUCAUGAAAAAAAGAAAGCUGGUUACAUCUUUCUACAAGAAGCUUCCCUGCCGGGCCAUCAGCUAUAUGCGGUCGUCAUUGACACUGGCUUCCGAGCUCCGGCCAGGUUGACCUCAAAGGUGUACAUUGUUUUAUGUGGCGACAAUGGACUGUCAGAAACCAAGGAGCUCUCCUGUCCAGAGAAGCCCCUGUUUGAAAGGAAUUCCAGACACACCUUUAUCCUGAGCGCUCCUGCCCAGCUGGGCCUGCUAAGGAAGAUCCGCCUCUGGCACGACAGCCGUGGGCCUUCCCCAGGCUGGUUCAUCAGCCACGUGAUGGUGAAGGAGCUGCACACGGGACAGGCCUGGUUCUUCCCUGCCCAGUGCUGGCUGUCUGCCGGCAGGCAUGAUGGUCGCGUGGAGCGGGAGCUCACCUGUCUGCAAGGGGGACUCGGCUUCCGGAAGCUUUUCUAUUGCAAGUUCACAGAGUACCUGGAGGAUUUCCAUGUCUGGCUGUCGGUGUACAGCAGGCCCUCCUCCAGCCGCUACCUGCACACGCCGCGCCUCACCGUGUCCUUCUCCCUGCUGUGCGUCUAUGCGUGUCUCACUGCCCUGGUCGCUGCUGGAGGGCAAGAGCAGCCCCAGUUGGAUGUCAGCCCCACCCUUGGAUCCUUCAGGGUGGGUCUCCUGUGUACCCUCCUGGCUUCUCCAGGGGCCCAGCUCUUGUCCCUGCUCUUCAGGCUCAGCAAGGAGGCCCCGGGGUCUGCCCGAGUGGAGCCACACAGCCCACUUAGAGGAGGAGCACAGACCGAGGCACCCCAUGGUCCUAAUUCCUGGGGAAGGAUACCAGACGCACAGGAGCCAUGCAAGCAACCCGCAUCAGCCAUUCUCUCUGGGAGUGGCAGGGCCCAAAGGAAGGCUGCAAGUGACAGUGGCACAGCUUGUCCAGCCCCUAAGCUGCAGGUUCAUGGGGCUGACCACAGCAGGACUUCUCUGAUGGGGAAAAGCCACUGCUGCCCUCCCCACACUCAAGCACCCAGCAGUGGUUUGGAGGGACUAAUGCCCCAGUGGUCAAGGGCCCUUCAGCCUUGGUGGAGCUCUGCAGUGUGGGCCAUUUGUGGGACCGCUUCUUUGGCCUGCAGUUUGGGGACAGGAUUUCUAGCCUACAGGUUUGGCCAGGAGCAAUGUGUGCAGUGGCUGCACCUGCUGUCCCUCUCCGUGGUCUGCUGUAUUUUCAUCACCCAGCCACUUAUGGUAUGCCUCAUGGCCUUGGGUUUUGCUUGGAAAAGAAGAGCUGACAACCAAUUUUUUACUGAGUCUUUAUGUGAGGCUACCAGGGAUCUGGACUCUGAAUUGGCAGAACGUUCCUGGACUCGCCUCCCCUUCUCUUCAAGCUGCAGUAUUCCUGACUGUGCAGGCGAGGUUGAAAAAGUCUUGGCUGCCCGACAACAAGCUCGCCACCUGCGCUGGGCGCAUCCACCAUCCAAGGCCCAGCUGAGGGGCACCAGACAGAGGAUGAGGAGAGAGAGUCGCACACGGGCUGCCCUGAGAGACAUUUCCAUGGACAUCCUCAUGCUGCUUCUGCUUUUGUGUGUAAUAUAUGGGAGAUUUUCCCAAGAUGAAUACUCCCUCAAUCAAGCUAUCCAGAAAGAAUUUACAAGAAAUGCCAGAAACUCCUUGGGUGGCCUGAGAAACAUCGCUGACUGGUGGGACUGGAGUCUCACCACACUUCUGGAUGGCCUGUACCCAGGAGGCACCCCGUCAGCCCGUGUGCCGGGGGCUCAGCCUGGAGCUCUUGGAGGAAAAUGCUACCUAAUAGGCAGUUCCGUAAUUAGGCAGCUAAAAGUUUUUCCUAGGCAUUUAUGCAAGCCUCCCAGGCCAUUUGCAGCACUCAUCGAAGACUCUAUUCCUACAUGUAGUCCCGAAGUUGGAGGCCCUGAGGACCCCUACCUGAUAGACCCAGAGAACCAAAACAUGACCCUGAAUGGUCCCGGGGGCUGUGGGGCAAGGGAGGACUGUGUGCUCAGCCUGGGCAGAACAAGGACUGAAGCCCACACGGCCCUGUCCCGACUCAGGGCCAGCAUGUGGAUUGACCGCAGCACCAGGGCUGUGUCUGUGCACUUCACUCUCUAUAACCCUCCAACCCAACUCUUCACCAGCGUGUCCCUGAGAGUGGAGAUCCUCCCUACGGGGAGUCUCGUCCCCUCAUCCCUGGUGGAGUCAUUCAGCAUCUUCCGCAGCGACUCAGCCCUGCAGUACCACCUCAUGCUUCCCCAGCUGGUCUUCCUGGCACUCAGCCUGAUCCACCUCUGUGUUCAACUCUACCGUAUGAUGGACAAGGGCGUCCUCAGCUACUGGCGAAAGCCAAGGAACUGGCUGGAGCUCUCCGUGGUUGGAGUGAGCCUCACCUACUAUGCAGUUUCCGGCCACCUUGUUACUCUUGCUGGAGAUGUCACUGACCAGUUUCACAGAGGACUUUGCCGAGCAUUUAUGGACCUCACCCUUAUGGCAUCAUGGAAUCAGAGGGCUCGAUGGCUCCGGGGAAUCCUCUUAUUCCUCUUCACAUUAAAAUGCGUCUAUCUUCCUGGCAUUCAAAACACAAUGGCAUCCUGCUCCUCCAUGAUGCGCCACUCACUCCCCAGCAUCUUUGUAGCAGGGCUGGUGGGGGCCCUGAUGCUGGCCGCCCUCUCCCACCUGUACCGAUUUCUGCUCUCUAUGUGGGUUCUACCAUCUGGCACCUUCACAGACGCCUUCCCCGGGCUGCUGUUUCAUUUUCCCAGAAGAAGCCAAAAAGACUGCCUCCUUGGCUUUUCCAAGUCUGACCAGCGGGCCAUGGCUUGUUACUUUGGGAUCCUUUUAAUAGUCUCUGCCACACUGUGUUUUGGAAUGCUGAGAGGUUUUCUCAUGACUUUACCCCAAAAAAGAAAAUCUUUUCAAAGUAAAUCUUUUGUGAGACUUAAAGACAUCACUGCUUAUAUGUGGGAAAACGUCCUCACCUUUCUGAGACUGGAAACACCAAAGUUGGAAGAGGCUGAGAUGGUUGAGAAUCACAAUUACUACUUGGAUGAAUUUGCAAAUCUGUUAGACGAACUUCUGAUGAAGAUUAAUGGUUUGUCCGACAGCCUACAACUCCCCCUUCUGGAAAAAACAUCCAACAACACAGGGGAGGCAAGGACAGAAGAGAGUCCCUUAGUGGACAUUUCUAGUUACCAAGCUGCUGAGGAAAACACAACGCUUUCUGGACUAUCACUUUAUGAGCCAGCAGACGUCAAGGACUUCUGAGGAGCCUGGUACCUUGCAUAGGCACUACGGACCCUGUUUUGCUUAACCCACCCAACAGCCAAUUUUAGCAGACAUCCUAGUUUUGCAGGUGAGAAGAACUGAGGUACGAAGAAGUUUUGUUAAUUUUUCCAGUUCACGUAACAAGUAAAUGGGAAACCAGGAUGAAAAUCAAGGUUUAUCUGUCAUCAGACUGUUACUCAUAAUCACCAUUCAGAGAGUUCAGAUGUGGGACAAGAUUCUAACUCCAGCCUUCUCCCAAAUGGUUAAUUUGCCAGUUGCCCUAGAGUUACACAUUGUCUUAUUUGUUUGUUUUACUGAAUCUGUCUGAGUAUUAAAAGCCUUGUAUCUUGUGAAAUUUCUUUCAGGUCUCAUAAAAGCAAUGAAAGAGACCAGGAUAACAUUCUAAUAUUUAAAUAAGAUUUUUGAAGUAAAAUCCUUAUUUUGUAAAUUUAACAAUUGAAUCUUGCUAGAUUAAUAACGCAUCUUUCCUGAUUUACUAAUUCAAUAUAAAAUGGUUAUUCAAACUGAACUUCGAAGUUAUCUGGGCUGCUGUUUUUGAAUCCAUUUAAAAACCUACGUGCUCAGAUCAGAAUUUGCUAAGGAGAUUAUUAAGUCUGGAGUGCAUGCUAUGUUUUUGGAUUCUAAAUAGUUUCAAUAUGCCUGGUUUGGCAUGCAUAUCAGUGACAGUGGGUAGAAGUGGAUGGAUGGGAUGGAGGUGCCUCCAGUGUCAUGGAAACACACCGUGCUGUGGCCUCCCCGAGGGCCUGGGGCUGCACACUGGGAAAGGACAGGGGUAGGGCGUCUGGCAAGCAGACCUGGGAAAGAUUUUUAGUGUAAUCAUUCGUUAUGUAGAAACUGAGCAAGGGGCAUGGCCAUCUUAAUCUACAAUUACCUCAUGGGCAAAAUGGGAGUAUAAUGGAACCUGCCUCAAAGAGUUUGUGUAAAGCAUGUAGCACAGUGCCUGAUGACAUAUGGCAUCUCUGUGUCAUUGAUUUGACCGAAGCUAAUACGAAUUCUCUGUGUGCGUUUAUGUAUUUGAGAAUGUACAGGUCUCCUCAGGGAGUAAAUUGUAUGAUUGGCAGGCUUUGCCUCAUUUCCACAUUGGUGGACAGUGAGAGCGCAUCCAAACUGGAGACCUCUGCAUAAGCCAGUGCUGGCAGGUGGUUGGGUGGUUUGGAGAAGACUCUUCCCUUCCCCAGUGAAGUAAUAAGGCAUCACAACGUACAUCUUCAUCCAGUUGUAUCUUGUUUCAUUCCAUCAGCUAUGCUUUGACAGACUCUUUUCAUGGAUUUUUUCAUUCCAAAUACUUUCAUGGAGCACUCACCAUGUUCAAGAGCUUUGAAAAAUACAAAGAAAGCAAGACCCAUGCCCCUUUUACAGGCAGCUGUUUUAAGAGGGGAAGCAGUAAGUCCAGCAGUGAGUUCUGUAUAGGGAGGUAGAACGAAUCCCAACAGAGGUGACACUGGCGGGCUGCUGCCUUUCCCAUAGCACACAGAACGCAGGUUAGCAGGGUUAAGCAUGCCCGAGGAGCUUCAAGAGUGGCUCUUCUCACAUGCUCUGGGUGGUCUGGAUGAGGAGGUGAUGUAUCAUGGAGAUCAGACAGUCUUAAAAUGAGGCUGCGUUGCAGAAUGAGCCACUGUGAAAACCUUUGGGAUAACUUUCACUUCUGCAUACCUUAGGCCCACAAUGGUGAUGGUAAUGAACAUGGUGACAGCAUCACAUAUAGGAGGUUACCUGAGCAAGGCACCCUGCUAGACUGCAGUAUCAAGUUACCACAAACUUAGUGUUUAAAACAACACUAAUGUGUCAUCUUACAGUUCUGGAGGCCAGAAGUCUGAAUGAGUCUCACUGAACAAAAAUCAAGCUGCCAUGAGGGCAAUGUUCCUUCUGAAAGCUCUAGGGCAGAGUCCAUUUCUUUGCAUUUUCUUGCCUCCAGAAGCCACCUGCAAUUCUUGGCUCAUGGCCCCUUCCUCCAUCUUCAAGGCCAGCAAUGGUAGGUUGAGUCCUUCUCACAUCCCAUCACUCUGACACCAACUCUUGCCUCCUGCCUCCACUAAUAAGGACCCUUGUGGUUACAUUGGGCCUGCUGGAUAAUCUAGGAUAAUCUCUCAUCUUAAGGUGGCUGACGAGCAGCCUUAAUUCCAUCUGCAGCCUUAUCCCCUUUGUUAUGUAGGAAACAUAAGUGCCAAGGGUCAGGCUGUGGAGGUCUGGGAGGAGCAAUUGUCCUGCCUCCCACAGAAGCCUCCCUCUUUUACAGAGCUCUUCGGGACACAGCUUUUACUAACCCCACUUCACAGGAAACAGAGGCUAGAGAGGGCAAGUGGCUGCUGUGGAAAGGGAAAUGCCGUUAUGUGCCAGUGCAUCUUCUAAGGGCUACUGCUUCAGCUCAUUCACUCUUCACCACUCUGUUAUUAUCAUCCAUUUCACAGAUGAGUAAACUGAGGUCCAAGGGUGGUUAAGCACCUUGCCCAAGGUCACACAGGGAGUAAGUCACUGGCUAACUCUCCAACCCACAGUCCAUGUGUGUCCUUACUGAGGCAAGUGGACCUGGGAGAAGGUUCUGUAGGGGAACAUUAUUAGGGAACCAACCCAAGGGGGAAGGCGUGAAAGGAACUGUCAAACCAAACCUGGAGAAAUGAGGAUGUUAUUGUAUCAAUUGCUGCAUUUGCCCCCAUUGGUCCCGUUGAUUUCUAGCAAUGUUUGGGAAUGACUGGUCACCCUGGCCAUUUUAGAACUUCGGAAUGUCACACAUUUUUAGCAAGUAAAGUUGCAUAGAGGUGGUAGAGGGGCUGAAUGCAUGUUUUUAUACAGUUUGGGGCUCACAUUGGGCUCAGAGAAACUAAGCUAAUAUGCAACUUCACAAAAUAAACACAAUUAACAUUUUCCCAUAGGCGUGAGAGGAGUUCAUGAGACUGUUUGUAUUAAAGUGAUUUGUUAACUGUGAAAUUCUGCACAGACAACCACUUUGUUUUUUCACCACACAUCCAGGUCCUAGCAGCUCCUUGCUAUAAGAGCCUGCUUAGAGGGGAGUGGCCUGGCCUCGAACCAGUGACAGCUAAAUUCUUUCUGAAAUCUAUCCAUUCUGUGCCUGCUCUGAACGUGCUUCUCCCAUGGGCAUUUCUCCACUUCUUUGAUAAACUAUUAUUUCCUCAAAACAGUCUUUCAUUCCAUCCCAUUGUGUAAAAUAUGUAAUUAAAUUCUAUUCUUGCUGACCUUAGCUGUGUGACCCACCAGGGCACAGUCAGCUGAUGCCACUGGGCUCCCUUCAUCCAGUUUUAACCUGCGCCCUGAGUUUUCAUCCUUUAGACCUGGGAUCCUGUUUCCACACCACAGGGAGAAGAAUGAGAAAAGCAGGGACAUUUUCUAGGAAUCUGGUUGUAUAGUCACAUAUGAGACAAGUGGAAAAAUUGCUUAAGGCUUUAUUUUUGUUUUUAUAAAAAUACUUUCAUUGUGAAUAGGAGUGAGUUCUGUUUUUCUAUUUCCCUUUCUACC